AUGGCACAAGUUAUCUCCAAUUCCGGUCACGAUGACAUGAUUCACGAUGCAGUACUGGAUUACUACGGUCGCCGCCUGGCAACAUGUUCAUCCGAUCGCACCGUCAAGAUCUUUGAAGUGGAAGGGGAAUCGCACCGGUUGACAGAAACAUUAAAAGGACACGAAGGAGCAGUCUGGUCCGUCUCCUGGGCCCACCCCAAAUACGGUAACAUCCUUGCCUCCGCAGGCUACGAUGGCAAAGUUUUUAUCUGGCGCGAACAAGGCAGCACCUGGACCAAGGUCUUCGACUUCGCCCUGCACACCGCAUCCGUUAACAUCAUCUCUUGGUCCCCUCACGAGUCCGGCUGCCUGCUCGCAUGCGCCUCCUCGGACGGCAGCGUCAGCGUCCUAGAAUUCAAGGAUAACUCCAUGGAUCAUAAGAUUUUCCCAGCUCACGGUAUUGGUGUCAACUCGGUAUCGUGGGCUCCGAGCAGCGCGCCGGGGAGCUUGGUUAGCAGUUCGGGUGGGCAGGGGGGCGUCAGACGUUUUGUGACUGGUGGAAGUGAUAAUGUGUUGAGGAUUUGGAGUUACGAUCAGGCCUCGCAAAGCUAUAAGCAAGACGGGGAGCCAUUGACGGGACAUACCGAUUGGGUACGUGACGUAGCAUGGAGCCCUACAGUACUGCAAAAGAGCUACAUUGCUUCAGCUAGCCAGGACAAGACGGUGCGUAUCUGGACGAGUGAUCCUAGUAAUCCUGGCUUGUGGAACAGCAAGGUGUUGCAGUUUGAACAUGUCCUAUGGAGAGUGAGCUGGAGCUUGAGCGGGAAUGUGCUGGCUGUGAGCGCUGGGGAUAAUAAAGUUAGUCUGUGGAAGGAGAAUCUGAAGGGCGACUGGGAGUGUGUGAAGAAUAUCGAGGAAUAA